UCGAGCGCCAGAAAUGAGGAACAUAAUCCAACGGCUGCUAAAGUUUUUGGACAUCACGCGAUACGAACGGCUGAAAACGACCAAAAUACGCGCUGGCGGCAUACGCCGGCGGCUGAUACGAUGGCGGUCGGUGGUUCCACCGGGACACCUGCCAGUAUUUGUUGGGGAGGAGAUGGAGUUGUUCGCCGUUGCGGUGGAGCUUCUCGGCCGCCCCGCCUUUACAGAGCUGCUCCGGCGAUCGGCGGAGGAGUACGGUUACGAGCACACCGGCGUGCUGCGGAUUCCAUGCUCCGUUCAGCUAUUCUGCAGCGUGCUCCGGUCACUCUCGGGUAAAUAUUCCGGCGAUAAGGGAAAAGAGGGUAGCUUAUAA